AUGAAUACAUCUCCCUCUCAAAAUGCAAUCAUAUCUGUAUGGUUGCUAUGCGGAAUCAUCUUCAACACUGCCUUUUGCAGCUUCAAUAUUCAUUGCAACCAACAGGACAUGCAUGGUCUCUUAAACUUCAAGCAAGGAGUUACAGACCCCUCAGGUGUCCUUUCCUCAUGGACAACUCAACUAGAUUGUUGUCAUUGGAAAGGAGUCAUAUGUAGCAACAUCACUAAUAGAGUCAUUGGAAUCUCUCUCCUAUGUUCUACAACUCUUCCAAUUUACAGGGACGAAGAAGAUAAAUCACAUUGCCUUACAGGUUCCAUUCGUCUCUCCUUGUUGUUAGUGGAGUUGGAAUUUUUAGAAUACUUGAAUUUGAGAAACAAUGACUUCUUAGCAUUACACUUUGAUUAUCGGCAUAACCAUAAUUGUCAUAAUCUAUCUAUACCUACUUCUCCUCGUUUGUGUGUCAACUCUUCAACCCUUCGUCAUCUUGAUUUAUCACUUAACUGGAAUCUUGUUAUCAAUAGCCUUCAAUGGCUUCCCUACAUUUCCUCACUGGAAUAUCUUAACCUCCGUGAUAAUGAUCUUAGCAUGGAAACUAAUUGGCUUCAAUUAGUGACUAUGCUUCCAUCACUUUCAUUCCUCAGUAUGCGUGCUUGUCAACUUAAAGACUUGAGCUUGUCUCUCCAGUAUGCUAAUUUUACUAAACUCGAAUUUCUUAGUCUUUCUGCAAAUGAAUUUAACUCAGAGUUGCCUAAGUGGUUAUUCAAUCUUAGUUUUUUUAUUUAUUUUUUAGACCUUAGCUCAAGUUCUCUAAUAGGACAUCUACCUAAGGACUUGUUAAAUCUUCGAGAACUAGAAUUCCUGAACAUGGAAGACAAUAACUUUGAUGGACCCAUUCCAGAUUGGUUAGGUCAUUUCAAACAUUUAGAAACUCUUAUUCUUGGAGUAAACAAAUUUUCAGGAUCUAUUCCCACAAAUUUGGGAAAUCUAUCAACCUUGAUUACCUUGGUUGUUGGCUCAAAUCCAUUGACAGGAGUUGUGACUGAAAGAAAUUUUGCCAAAUUGUCAAAGUUAAAGGAACUGGGCAUAUACUCAUAUGUCGGGUUAACCUUUGAUUUUGACUCGGAUUGGAUUCCACCUUUUCAACUUGAUGAAUUAGUACUUGGGUUUUCAAAUCCCAACCUUCCUGCGUGGUUCUAUACACAUCGAUCACUUGAAAUAUUAACUAUAUGGUAUUCAUCAUUUGAGGCUCCAGACAAAUUUUGGAAUUUGUUAUCAUCAGUGAUUGAACUCGAUUUAUAA